AUGGCAGAAGAGGGCCCUCAGGUUAAAAUAAGAGAAGCUACAAAGGACAAUGUGGAUUUUAUACUGUCAAAUGUGGAUAUGACAUUGGCAAACUCGCUACGGAGAGUGAUGAUUGCAGAAAUCCCAACUUUGGCGAUAGACUCGGUAGAAAUCGAGACGAAUACCACGGUUUUGGCCGACGAGUUCAUAUCGCAUCGUCUGGGACUCAUUCCAUUGCAAAGUGCAGAUAUCAACGAUCUAAUUUAUUGCAGAGAUUGUUACUGCGAAGACCAUUGUGAUCGGUGUUCCGUCGUGCUUACUCUGCAGGCCGUUGGAGAAAGUGAAUCCACAACUAACAUUUACGCCAAAGAUUUGGUGAUUGUCAGCAAUCUCAUGGGACGAAAUAUUGGACACCCCAUCAUACAGGACAAAGAAGCCAACGGAGUGCUGAUUUGCAAACUGCGGAAAAGUCAGGAGCUGAAAUUGAAGUGCAUUGCGAAAAAGGGGACCGCCAAAGAGCAUGCCAAGUGGUCGCCAGCCUCCGCUAUCGAGUUUGAGUAUGAUCCAUGGAAUAAGCUAAGACAUACAGACUAUUGGCAUGAGACAGACGCUGCUGCAGAAUGGCCGCAGUCCAAAAACUGCGAAUACGAGGAUCCGCCCAACGAGGACGAUAUGUUCGACUAUAAGGCCAAGCCAUCCACUUUCUACAUGAAUGUCGAAGCCGUCGGAUCGCUGACGGCCGAUCAAGUGGUUAUUAGGGGUAUGAAAACGCUGCAAGACAAAGUAGCGGACAUUUUAUUUUCCUUGAAGAAGAUGGACCAAGACAAGGUCAAUUUCGGCGGAACCGCAGGUCUUGUUGAGCAAGAUGGCGGCGCUUUGCCCAUGGAACAAGAUCCAAAUUUCGGUUACGCAGGUGGUGCUGCUCCUUACAAUUAUGCGGCACCUAGUUCGGGCUUUGACGAUGCAUGGUAA